UGUACUACGUUGUAGCUUUGAUUAGGAAAACAUCCAUAGGAAGCAUCGCGCUCGUUGUUUCAAAUUAAGGUGCAUACGUAUAUAGUUGACUGAAAAGUUGGUUAUUCUUUGAGGAGUUGGCAAAAGCAAUGAAGCGUCCUUUUGGUGUUCCCGAAGAGCCAGAAUUCACUGUUGGGUUGGAUGUUCCAUUUAGCAAGUUGAAGAUGGAGCUUCUCAAUGAACCUGCGUCCAUUAUUGUGUUGACUGGUUUUGGAGGAUCUGGUAAAACCACUCUGGCUACAAAACUUUGUUGGGAUCAACAAGUCAUGGGUAAAUUCAAGGGAAAUAUAUUAUUUAUCACCUUCUCCAAGUCUCCCAAAUUGAAGAUUAUUGUAGAAAGACUAUUUGAACAUUGUGGAGACCAAGUGCCAGAGUUUCAAAGCGAUGAAGACGCAGUUAAUCAAUUGGGACUUUUGCUAAGGAAAACUGAUGCAGGUCCUGUGUUGUUGGUCCUGGAUGAUGUCUGGCCUAGCACAGAAGCCAUAGUUGAGAAAUUUAGAGUACAGAUAUCAGAUUAUAAAAUUUUAGUGACUUCAAGGGUUGCAUUUCCUAUAUUUGGCUCUCCAUUCAUCUUAAAACCGCUUGUUCAUGAAGAUGCAAUAACCCUUUUUCGUCACCAUGCUCUCUUGAAAAAAAGCAGUUCAAUUAUUCCUGACGAAGAUCUUCUCCAAAAGGUGCUUUACACAAGUAACCCCAUUCUUGAACAUUUGCAGCUGGGGCACCUAAUGAAUUCUUGUAAUCGACCUAUUGAAUUGUGGCAAAAGAUGGUAGAGGAAUUGUCUCAAGGUCAUUCGAUACUUGAUUUCAACAUUGAUUUACUUACAUCCCUACAAAAGAUCUUAGAUGUCUUGGAAGAUAAUUCCAUCAUCAAAGAGUGCUUCAAGGACUUGGCUUUAUUUCCUGAACACCAAAGAAUUCCUGUUGCUGCUCUCGUUGAUAUCUGGGUAGAGUUGUAUGGACUAGAUAACAAUGGCAUGCAAGUAAUGGCCAUUCUCAACAAAUUGGACUCCAUGAAUUUGGUUAAUGUCUUAGUAACAAGGAAAAGUACAAGUGACACAGACAGUUACUACUACAAUAAUCGUUAUGUCAUCUUGCAUGAUAUUCUAAGAGACUUGGCAAUUUAUCAAAGCACGCAAGAACAAACUGAACAGAGAAAAAGACUGAUGAUUGGCAUGGAUGACAAUAAACCUGAAGGGUGGCUUAGGGAGAAACAGCAAGGCGUUAUGAUCCGCUUAUGCUCAAAUAUUUUUGGAUGGUGCAUUGAACAAAAACACCGACAGAUUCGUACGAGGACAUUGUCUAUAUCAACCGACGAAACAUUCACUUCAUAUUGCUCCAACCUACUACCAGCUCAAGCUGAGGUUCUGAUUUUAAAUCUUCGAACUAAUCGGUACUCCUUUCCAAAGUUACUGAAAAAGAUGAGUAUACUAAAAGUUCUGAUAGUCAUGAAGCAUGGUUUCCGUCCUUGUGAAAUGAUCAAUUUUGAGGUACUUGGCUCAUUAAACAACCUAAAACGAAUCAGGCUAGAGAGGAUUUUCAUUCCUUCCUUUGUCAUGUUAAAGAAUCUUAAAAAGUUAUCACUGUACAUGUGUGAUACUAGACAGGCUUUCGAAAACAGUGACAUGCUGAUCUCAGAUGCUUUUCCAAAUCUAGAGGAGUUGAAUAUUGAGUAUAGCAAAGAUAUGGUUAGAUUGCCUACGGGGCUGUGUAAUAUCACCUCCUUGAAGAUGCUGAGUAUCAGUAAUUGCCAUAAGCUUUCUGAAUUGCCUCAAGAAAUUGGAAGCUUGGUGAAUUUGAAACUCCUAAGGCUGAGUUCUUGUACUGAUUUGGAAGGGAUACCAAAUUCUAUUGUAAGACUUUCAAAUCUAAGACAUAUGGACAUCUCAAACUGCAUCAGCCUUCGUAAUUUACCAGAGGACUUCGGCAAUUUAUGUAAUCUUAGAAAUUUGUACAUGACUAGUUGUGCAAGAUGUGAAUUGCCACACUCAAUCGUCAAUCUCAAGAAUUUAAAGGAAGUGGUGUGUGAUGAAGAGACGGCUGCUUCAUGGGAACCUUUCAAGCACAUGCUUCCCAAUCUAAAUAUAGAUAUUCCCCAACUUGAUGUUAACUUGAAUUGGCUUCAUGCAAUUCACUCCUAAUACCUUGUUCAUGCAGUUGUCAUUAUAUCUGCACGUUGUGUUUAACCACACCAGAAAGUAAAGGAAUGAAACAUGGCUACGUUUGCACAUUGGAAUAUGAUGGGAAAAGGAAAGUUCUAUAUCUAUGGUAAUUGUUUUUGCUUAGGUUGACUGCCUCCAUAUUAUGUAAUUAUGUAAAGUGUUAAUGUUUGCGAAUGAUAGCUGUAUAUUUUUGUA